GGACGGGGCGGACAGAGUUGCAGUCGGGACACCCCGCAACUUUUCUCAAACACUGCACACAUCGUCCGACGUCCUGCCAUGCUGGGACUUUAACGAAUUUCUGGUCGUUGGUCGUUGGUUUCCUUUCCCUCCUGAGUCAUGGCUCCGUUUGGAAAAAACUUCUUGAAAGCUCGACUGAAAAACAGGACAAAAGAUGCCGAGCCUGUGGUGGGAAAGGAGAUUCAGGUUACUGUCUGCAACGAGGAGAAAGUCAUCUGUGGAGUAACAAAGCACACAACAUGUGCAGAUAUGAUUCAGGCAUUACUGGAUGAUCACAAGUCAGUCCCAGAGAGCAAGCGGCUCCUGCACGGGGAACCAAAAGACUUCUGUCUCGUUGAGCGGUGGAAGGGUUUUGAGAGAGCCUUGCCUCCUCUCACCAGAAUCCUGAGACUCUGGUAUGCCUGGGGUGACCAGAGACCCGCCAUCCAAUUUAUUCUGGUCAAAACUAGUGAUUUUGUUCCUCAGCCCACCAACAAGGGUGGAAAGUCCAAGGGGGCCAAACCAAAGAGAUGGGAGCAGGGUCGCGCUCAGUACACUCAGUCUCUGCCGGUUGAGAGGCAAAAGCGAAUGGUGAAGAAAGCUUUCCGGAAGCUGGAAAAGAUUCAUAAGGACAGCAAGAGCUCCCAGGGUGCUGACGAGAUCGACAGGAUGGUGCAGCUUAUUCUCAACCAGGACCACACCAUCCGAGAGCAGAUCCAAAGCAUGAGAGAGCUGGAUUUGGAGAUCGAGCGGUUUCAGCUACAAGCUCAGAAAGAAGCGGAGUCUGAGAGUUCACUAGCUCUCGCUAGUGGUCAGAGUUUGGAGAUGCACAGUGACAAGCAGCUGCACGAGUACCUGUACACAAGUGAUGGAGUCGAACAGCUUGAGCUGCAAGUUCAGAGGCACCAGGAGCUUAUCCUCCAGUUGUCCCAGAGUAUUGACGCUGAGCUAAGGAGGGCAAACUUCCCUCUGAACAGUGAAGAACAGGAAGGAGCUGCGACUGCUUCCUGGAUCCCCUUGGAAACAGAUGAAUCAUUCUACACUGCUGAACUCGGGUUGCAGGUUGAACUGAAGCGCAGCCUCUUUACUGGUGUGUCUCUUCACAAUCAAACUGCAGAAAUAGAAAAGCAGCUGAAGUACUAUGGUGCUACGCUAGUCUCCAAGGAUCAGGAGUGCUGGCAGCUGGCUGCCCAGCUGAGCUCAUUGCAAAUUGAGGACAGAGAAGAGGAGGAGGAGACCAUUCCUGUCCCUCUGAAAAGUGAGACUCAGUGCAACAUCUCACAGACAGUGAAACUCAAACACACCCUGUCCCCUCCAGACAUUACAGAUACAGACUCAGACACUGGGAUUAGCUCCACACACAGUCAAGACUCACUGUCACCAUGUCUCGAAUUCCCUCCCCCACUGGACACAGACGUCUGAACAACCCAGUUGACCUUAUAUAUAUAAUGUAAUGUUAAUAUAAUGUUCUGAUUCAGACAUAAGCAUUGUCUUUUUCUGAAAGAUAAAUCUCUGGCGAUCUUUUAUGAAGCAUUAAGGUCAUUUAAGUGAAAUAAUAAGUUUAUUAAUGGAAAAUAUUUUCAUUUAUUUGAUAAUAAAUUAUGCAAUUUAUUAAGCAAAAAUGCCAAAAGUUAUUUGGUUUCAGUUUCUCAGAUGUAAUGAUCUAUUGCAUUAUUUUAUUAUAUUUUCUGAAAAUCAGUUUUAGAAUGUUGGUCAACAAACAAAAAAAACAAUGGGUGUUACCUUGAAAUUAUAAUGGGCAUAUUUUCUCAUAUCUGAGGAUACAGCUGCUAGUUUUGUUAAAUAACCUUCCAGGUUUCUCAAAAUCAAAGUGACA